AUGGGGGCGCGGCUAGCUCGGCGGGCUGGGCCCGAGGCGAGCUCGGGGGCCGGGGCGGCGGCAGGAGAUGGGCCGGCGCCCUAUGAACGCCGGGUGCGCUGGCUCCGCGAGAUCCAGUCCACACUCCGCAAGCGGCGGCCGGAGCGCGUCCGGCAGCUGCUGCGCCUCCUGCGGCAGGACCUGGGCCUCGAGGGGACCCUCCUCACUGACAUCCUUUAUAGGAACGUGGCCUUCCUCAGUCUGGUGGACCCCAUCUCCCGUUACGUGCUCAUGAACCUGGCCCAGGACCUGUAGUGCCCCAAGAUGGACUAUGAACUCUGGAAAUCCUCAGACAAGAUCUGUCAGCAGCUCACCUACCACCUUACCUCUCACUCCACCUGGCAGCGAGGGUCCAGCCUGCCCCAGAGGAAGACUCGGAACUGCCUCAGGAGCAGCCUCCGCAAGACUCAGCUGGCGGCAGAGCCCAUGAGCCUCUUGGGAAUCCCGCUGAAAGCACGGGACCUGCGGCACAUAACACGUUACCUGAGCAGCCAGGGAGCUGGGCUGGCGGUGCUGGACCCGAGCUUCAGCGAGCUGAGUGAGGAGCUUCUGCGCCUGCUAAUGCCCAGCCUCUGGGCACUGCCCUGUCUCUCCCAGCUCCUGCUCAAUGUGACGCGGGCCACCACCUGCGAGCUCACUGAGGCCAUCGAGGACACCACCAAGUUCCCCACCCUGGCCUGGGUGGACCUGGGCAACAACGUCGAUGUGGCCUCCCUGCCCCAGCCCCUGCUGGUCAGCCUGCGCCAGCGGCUAAGUCAAUGAACCUCACUCCCCACCAUCUAUGAGGGCCUGGACCUUGAGCCGGGGGGCAGUGUGGCCACAGCCACCACCCCUGCCUCCUGGGGCUCUGCAGCAGCUGGGCAGGGGUCUGAGCCCCAGGUCUGCUGUUCCAGGUGACCCACCCCUAAUCUGGCUGCUACUGCCCGACUGAUGAUGCUCCCGAGCACAGGGGACAGGGUAUGACGGAGGCCCUGGAGGUCCCCCAGAGAUCCAGGAAAAAUGCUCAGCCUGGGAUUAGGGGGACCCAAGGAGAAUGGGCUUGGUGGAGGCCAGUCGGCCCAGGCUGGAGCCUCAGCCUUCCUCAGCAGGAGGGGCCCGGGGCCCACUGUGCAGAUCCCACAAUAAA